AUGGACGCCGAUGUUCCUCUGGCUGACGAUCCCGUUGUUCCUUUGGCUGGAGUUCCUGCUGUUAUGCCCAUUGCUGAUCCUGUCAUUCCUGUCGAGGCUCCCAUUGAGGAGGAUCCUUUUGAUCUGUUUGGUGCUCACUCCUUCGAGUCAGUAGCGUACGCUUCACUACACGCCCAGAGCGUACAGCUCCAUUCAUCUGAUUCCGACUCAGACAUGGCGAUGUCUGUUGCACCUCACGAUGAUGACCCAGAGCCUGCUGUGGCCCUUGAGCCAGUUGACGCUCCUGACCCCGCGUUGGAGCAUGACCCUAUUCAUGCCGAUGCACCUGCGAUUGCCCCUUUGGUUGAUGAUAUACCUGUCGAUGAUCACCCUGUUGUUGUUCCACUAUUGGAGGAUGAGCAUGCCGUUGAUGCUCAGGUUGAUGCCCCCCACAUUGCUGAUAUACCCGUUGAGCCUGUUGUUGUCGCUCCUCUUCCUGACCUUGUUCCUUUGGAGCCCGACCAUGCACUCUUUGCGACUCAUGUUGACCCCCGUUAUGCGCACACCCGGAAUGGGUGGAUUGAUGAUGAUGAUGAGUACCCGCCUUUUGUGGUACCAGUUACACCCGUUCCAGCCCUUGUGUCAGUUCCUCCUGAGGUUCCUAUGCAUCCCGUUCAUACUACCGGUGUUCACCACACCGACUUACCUGUUAUGUUCCGUCAAAUUACUCCGCCAUCGUGCCCGGGAGAGGGUUCCUCGACUCACCCCUUCGGUCAUGUGCCGACAUCUGUCCCGGUCAUACCACAGUUUUCUUCUGUUGUUCCCCCUGUUCCACCAUUUACUGUGCCACCUUUUACUCCAGCUAGUGAGCCUUUUCUUUGGACGUCACCACCCAUCAUGCCACCAUCCGAUCCCUAUCAUCCUUUUCAUAUGGGAUAUUCUGUUGAGGACAUUCUCAUGUCAUUCGUAGUCCAGCAGGAGGCACUUACGCGACGCGUACAGGAGCUCGAGAGAGCACAGCGACCCCCUUGCCAGUGCCCUCCUCAUCCUGCGGUAUCGCAUCCCCCUCGACCGUUAUCACCAGACUCUGCUGCACGUUUUUGGACUCAGGAGCAUUAG